UAGGCUCUCCCUGCCCCUCCCGUCGCCAUCAUGGUGCGGGGCAUAGUGCUUCUCUCACUCGGCCCCGGGGAGUUAUGCCGCCUUAUUUACUCCCGUACCUUCGCCGCUGAGCGGCUGCAGGGCUCGGGGGAGGAGGAAAGUCCCGCCGAGGCCGAAGUCCGGCAUCAGCGGCAGAGACUCCGCAGCAAAGAGCAACUGGCGGCCGUAGCCAGGCAAGUGAAGUCCUCUUGUAUGCUGGCUCGCCAGACUGCAGACAAACUGCUUCCUGACUUUGGGUCUGUAGUAACUGAGGAAGUUGCUGGUCUUCAGGACUCGGAUUUGGGUGUGUUCCGCCUCCCUGCUGGUGACAUUUUCACAGAGGAAACGACAGUGGUGUGGAUGGCAGUCCUUUCCCUGGGCUUUGCCUUGAUCUGUGACCCCUACGAGAACCUAAUGCUGGCGGAGAACACCCUGAGAUUGAUGGUGAAGUACUUCACGGAGCAUUUGAAGCUGCUGAUUCAAGGCAACGACCUUGUCCUGAAGCCGGACAGAAUUGAGGCGAUUCUGAACACGUUUUUGCCACACGGACAAUUGAUGUUUAUCAACUGUUGCUUUGUUCAGAGUCUGGAGAAAGAACUGAAUGCUUCAAUGUUCAAAUGAUGCCGGCUGCUGUUGUCUCUCCCAUGCCUUCGUUCUCCUGUGAGCUAUUUUUUUCUCUCUGGUUUGCUAUCCCACCCUGCUGAAGGUUUCUGGCCUUUGCUGGUGUGUAAUUCAUCGGGUGGUCAUUCUUUCAGCCUGGAGCGAUGUGGAGGUAAUGUCCAUCACAUCCUGUUGGUGCCCAAUAUCGACAUCUCUGCAUUUUGCAAUCACCAUCACUGUGUAAUGAUCAGAAACCCCAUUUAAAAAAGAAUAAAAACCCCACCGUUCUGUGCUCCAACCUUUGCUGUGGCUGCGAGCGGCUAACUCUGUCUGGGUGGCCCUGUUAGAAGGGGCUGGGAGGCUACGUGCAUUUUACUUUGUAGGCUGUUCGGCAUGUAAAGUGAAGCCCUAAUAGCCAGGUACAGUUUAAAUCAAUGUUUAAAUUCAUUUUUCUCAAGUCAGGCAGCAUGUACUAACACAAAAGCAAAAUACUGCAAAUACUGGAUCUCUGAAAUGGAAACAGAAAAUGCUGCAAACACUGAGCAGGACCAGCAGCAACUGUGAAGAGAGAAAAGAGUGUUGAUGUUUUGAGUCCAUAACGCUGUAAUGCCGCUCUGAAGAAGAGUCACACGGACUCGAAACGUUAACUCUGUUUCUCUCUCCAUAGAUGCUGCCAGACCUGCUGAGUUUUUCCAGCAUCUGCAGUGUUUUGCGUUUACAGAAAGGAUGGGUUGCCUUGGGAUUUGUUUGUCAAAUGGCCAGAACUUGCAAAUUGGGUUGUAUUGGACUCAAGAAUCUUAGUUGGGACAUCCUAGACUUUAACAUGCUUUCUUUACCCAGUUCCCCACUUGGACAGUUGUCCUGAGUGUUUUGUAGCCUGCCACUGGCCAUGCAAAGGGUGUUUAUAAUAGGAGGAUUAUGGUACAGCGCUGAACCAUCAGAGCAGAGGAGAACAAAAGUUCGAUAUUCUUCACAAGCUGCAGGCUCCUGAUCUCUGGGUGGGGUGGGAGAGGCAGGGGCCUGGUCCCUUUCCUGUUGGAGAGGACUGAAAGGGGAUGCUGGAAGCAGAGUGAUGUCUCGCAUCCAUUUAAUCGCCAGCUUAAAGUAGCCUCAGAGCUCUGAGAACUAAUUGGCCAGUGGGUGCACUGCACCUGGGGUGUUAUUGGAAAAGGCAUCAGAAAUAUGUGAUUUCAACAGUGUAAAUUGUGCAAAUCAAUGUAAUAAAAGCAUGGAAUUACUUAA